AAAAAAACAAUUCAGAGAGGAGCGUAUGAAUAAGUUAGACAAGGAUCUAAGAACCAUGAUAGUGAGAGAGAUGGAGGACACACUGACAGAAGGAAUGAAAAUAUUGACGACGAUAGCUGCAGCAGCUCGUUUCUCUCCAGAUCUUAUCGAUACAAUUGGAAACUUCGAUUGUGCCAUCAUGGCGGAAAAACUUUACAAAGAUUUGUGCAUGAAGUAUUUCCAUCCAGUCAUAAAUCAGAAAUAUCUUGGCGAGGUACUGGGAAACACGUUCUACUCUUCCCCACACGUUUACGUCAUGGAUAAAGAUGAAAGGAGAUUUCGAAAGCAUGAGAGUUGUUUAUCUCUACUAGAGGGAGAAUCAAAACUGUUUAGACAAGAGGAGCUGUAUGUAUGGGGAAAUUCCACUUUAAAUGUUGAAGGAAAAGAUGACUUGCUCAAGUUAAAACAUGAUAUGGACAUCAAGCAGAAGUUUUGUUCUGUUGACGGCAGACUUGCGUUUGGAUGGACAAGGAAGUUCGACUGCGGAAAGAAACAUUAUGGAUUCUAUCCCACGAAUGUGACAAGACUAGUCCGAUGAAAAAAUGAAUUUAACCACUAUGAUUUUUAUAAACAUGAAAAUAUUAAAUGUAUACAUUUAUUUUGGAGAACAUUC